GAAAGCCGUUGUGGCACGCAGUGUGACGUGUAUCCAAGAUUCUCCCCAUUUUGUAAUGGACAGCCAUUAUAACCACUCAGAGAGGAGAUUGAGCCAAUGACGGCCAAUCAGCACGCUAGGGAUAGGCGUGGAUGAGGUGUGAAGAGACAGGCAGUGCCGGCCUGGCAGCUCGGUGAAGAAGACGGGAAGAUGGCUGCCGCGUCUACUGUUCCCGCUAGCGGCGUCCUGAUUGGGGACAAGAUGUACUCCGGGGUCCUCAUCUCGCUGGAGAACUGCUUGCUGCCUGAGGAGAAGUGCACCGUCACUCCGUCCGUCGUGGACGGGUUGGAUAUGCAGACGGAGACCGAUCUGCGCUGUGUGGGCUGCGAGCUCAUCCAGUCAGCCGGCAUUCUGCUGCGGCUGCCUCAGGUGGCGAUGGCUACAGGUCAAGUUUUGUUUCAGCGUUUCUUCUAUACAAAAUCUUUUGUUAAGCAUUCAAUGGAGCAUGUUUCGAUGGCCUGUGUCCAUCUGGCGUCCAAAAUCGAGGAGGCUCCAAGACGUAUCAGGGAUGUUAUUAAUGUGUUUCAUCGUCUUCGACAGCUGAGAGAAAAACAGAAACCAUUACCAUUAGUGUUGGACCCGGAAUAUGUUGCUCUGAAGAACCAAAUAAUAAAAGCUGAGAGGAGGGUCCUGAAGGAAUUGGGCUUUUGUGUUCAUGUGAAGCACCCUCAUAAAGUUAUUGUGAUGUACCUGCAGGUUUUGGAUUGUCAUCUUAAUAACCAUCUUGUCCAGACUUCAUGGAACUACAUGAAUGACAGUCUUCGCACUGAUGUAUUUGUGCGGUUCGAUCCAGAAACAAUAGCAUGUGCUUGCAUUUAUUUGGCUGCAAGGAUACUGGAGAUCAGUCUCCCGACUCGUCCACACUGGUUCCUUCUGUUUGGUGUUUCUGAAGACGAUAUUAAGGAGGUCUGUCUUCAGAUUUUAAGGCUGUAUACACAAAAGAAGGUGGAUGUGUCUGUCCUAGAAAGUAGAGUAGAGAAGAAGAAGCUGCUGAUGGAAGAGGCUAAAGCUAAGGCAAAAGGGCUACUGCCUGAUGGAACGCCACGCUUGGACAAUGCUCAAGAGUUUUCGCCCAAUAUGAAAAAUGAAUCUCCAAAAGAAGGAAAGGCAAGCAAGCUUUCACCUACACUAAAAACCUCCAAAAGAAAAGGCGAUGCCGCAAAAAGAAUCGCGUCAGCAAGUCCCGUAAAUGGAAUUAAGAAAGGAAGGGAGAGCAUAAGUGGCAGUGGAAGCAGGGACCAUAGCUAUUCGCGUUCCCACUCUCGAUCAGUGUCUCCAAAAAGGAGAAAAAGUGAAAGCUACUCUACAUCUAGCGGAACGAAAUCCCGCAGUCACUCUAGAAGCCGCAGUGAUUCACCGCCUCGAAAACCAAAUCAUGGCUUGUACAAAAGCUCAAAAGGCCACAUGUACGGAAAGAGCAAUGACUAUAAAUAUACAGGACACAAAAGAAGGUCCCAUAGCAGGAGCUCUUCCCCAGCUCACAGCCGCUCACAUGGGAGUCCAGACUCUGGUAAAUACAAGAAGAAAAGUCGCUACUACUCUCGGGAACAUCGUAGAGAGCGCUCACGAUCUUACGACCGAGUGAGGCAUCGGAACUAUGACCGUGAUUACCCUGGGCAUAGCCAUCACCGGCGAUAAGGUGGCACUACUAUAACAAUUUGGACUUGACACUCUUCAGCAGCCGGGGUUUUUUUUUUUUCCCUCCCAUCCACCAGUCAGAUUACAUUGCUUGGUGCUAAUUCCCGGAAUUUGCAGCUCCCAGACCGAAUAAUAAAGAUUUUAGCUUUUCUUUUUUGAACUUGUUGACUGAUGCAAUAUCUGAGUAACGCUAGUGUUCACAACCUACAUUUGCUAGAUGUGGUUUUAUGGAGAAAAACUUGCGUUUGCUCGCAUUGCAGCAUGACAGUGGUUCAGUCAGUACAUUAUAAAUGUAAAUCAGUCUUGUAUGUAAUGCAGGCCUAUAUUAGGUCAUACUAUACAUAGUUUUUUUUUUUUUUUGUUUGUUUGUUUUUUCUUCCUGUUGGGACAUUGCCUUAGGAUUGUGGAGGCUUGUAAAUAGCUACAUGUUACAUAUGGAGAAUGAAGACUUGUGCAGGAAGUUCUGUAAGAAUUAGUGAUGUGUUUGGACUGUUCUGUACAAUAAAUUUUAUAUCUUUUCAUUGCCCGUGCUGGACGCGAGCAACCACGAGACAUUUCGUAUUGCAUAUGUUUUGUCUAUUAUGAAUUACAACACAUGCAAUUCUACUCAGGAUAUUUCAUAACUCAAAGAAUGGUAGUAAAGUGUCAUUCUGCCUGUUUAACAAAUGUAUGAAAACAAACCACAGCCAGUCUGUAUCAGUUUUAUUGGUAUAUCGGAGCUGUAUUCUUUAUUUCAUUAAAGUAUUGGAUUUUGUAUA